AUGCAAAAGGACUAUGUAUCAUUCAUGGAUGAGUAUCAAUCCCUUGGUCACAUGACACCUGCCACUAUCAAUAAUACUACAUCAGAUUGUUUUCUCAUUCAUCACGGCGUGGAACGCGAAGAAUCAACGAGUACCAAGUUCAGAGUGGUCUUCAAUGCAUCUAGCAAGACAUCAUCUGGAAACAGUUUAAAUGAUCUUAUGGCAAGUGGCCCAAAUUUACAGCAGGACUUACAGUCAUUGAUUAUCAAAUGGAGAGUGUAUCAAUUUGCAUUCACUGCGGACAUCGAGAAGAUGUUUCGCCAGAUUUGGAUGAACAUAAACGAUCAAGCAUAUCAAAAGAUAAUUUGGCGUAACUCGAUGGAAGAACAAAUCAAAGAGUAUCAGCUGGCUACAGUAACGUAUGGCACAAAAGCUGCCCCGUUCUUAGCGAUGAUGACCCUCAAGCAGUUGGCUUCAGACGAGAGGUCAAAUUACCCCAAUAGCUCAGCACCGGACGUCCUUGAACAAUCAUUUUAUAUGGACGACCUUGUAUACGGGCAACACAAUAUCAAAUCAUCUCUACAGUUAUGCAACGACCUUAUCAAUUUAUUGAAAGCCGGUGGCUUUAAUCUUCGGAAGUGGAGAUCAAACAUCCCGGAGCUAAACGAGGGAAACCCAAAAAACUCUAAUAAUUUCAAUUUCAAGCAAGCAGAGCGGGCUAAAACACUUGGCCUCAGUUGGGACCCACAACAAGAUAAAUUAUCAUUCGACAUGAAAAUUGAUCAAUCAUCAAAUGAAGACACCAAACGGUCUUUAUUAUCACACAUCUCUAAAUUAUUUGAUCCUCUCGGCUUAUUAGCACCUUUAUCAACCAAACUAAAACUACUCUUUCAAAAUGUGUGGUUAUCAGAUAUCAAAUGGGAUGACUCUUUGCCAAAAGAGAUACAAACAGAAUGGAUAUCAUUAAAAGANUUAGCAUAA